AUGAUUGUAACCCAAACUAACCUCUACGCAUCACAAUGCAAUGAUCAAAAUUGUGAACAGGUGUCAGCAACAGAGAUCAAAGCUUUACUGGGCAUGAUAAUUCAAAUGGGCAUUCACAAAUUACCCUGUAUAGAAGAUUAUUGGUCCAGUGACCCAUUACUGCAUGUUGUUGAAAUUGCUGAGACAAUGACAUUGAAGCGAUUUCAAAAACUUAUGAAAUAUUUACAUCUCAAUGACAAUGCCAAUAUGCCUAACAGGAACGAUGAUAACUGCGACAAACUGUAUAAAAUAAAGCCGCUGCUAGAUUACAUCAACGUAAAAUGUCAGACAAAUGCCAAAAACACACAUUCUCAGUCAAUUGACGAGUGUAUGAUAAAGUUCAAGGGGCGAUCUACUCUAAAGCAAUACAUGACCAUGAAGCCCAUAAAACGGGGCUUCAAGGUUGGGGCUAGAGCUGACAGCCACUCAGGAUACUUGUAUCAGUUACAAGUGUAUGCUGGAAAGACCGAAAACGUCGAAACAUGA